UCCAUAUUGAUUCCUUUUGUCCAACAUGGCGACUUACAUGGAGAGCAUGCAAAAACAUUUUCAAAAUAACAACCGUGUUAGGGAUACACAGUCACAUUUAGCAAAAGUUCACUCAGUGGCAUGGAGCUGUGAUGGUAGAAGACUGGCUUCCGGGUCCUUUGACAAGACUGUGUGUGUUUAUACCCUGGAAAGAGAUAGAUUAAGCAAAGAAAAUACCUUUCGUGGUCAUGGUGAUAGUGUAGAUCAGUUAUGCUGGCAUCCUAAACAUCCUGAUCAUCUUGUGACAGCGAGUGGUGACAAAACAAUACGAAUCUGGGAUACAAGAUCUAGUAGAUCUGUAGCUAGUGUUAAUACAAAAGGUGAAAAUAUAAAUAUAUGUUGGUCACCAGAUGGUAGCACUAUAGCUGUUGGGAAUAAAGAGGACUUGGUGACCUUUAUUGAUGCCAGAACACACCGGUCACGAACAGAUGAACAAUUUAAAUAUGAAGUAAAUGAAAUUUCCUGGAAUAAUGAUGGUGAUCUCUUUUUCCUAACAAGUGGUCAAGGAACAAUAAAUAUACUUAGUUAUCCAGCAUUAAAGCCAUUGCACAGUUUAACAGCUCACCCUGCUAAUUGUAUAUGUAUUGAGUUUGAUCCUGUAGGAACAUAUUUUGCUACUGGUAGUGCUGAUGCCUUAGUGUCAUUGUGGGAUUUGUCUGAAUUAGUUUGUGUAAGAACUUUCUCAAGGUUAGAUUGGCCGGUGAGAACUUUAAGUUUUAGUUAUGAUGGUCAGUUAUUAGCUUCAGCAUCAGAAGAUCUUGUUAUAGAUAUAGCUAUGGUAGAAACAGGAGAAAAAGUGACAGAAAUUCCGUGUGAUACUCCCACUUUUACGGUAGCCUGGCACCCAAAACGUCAUUUACUGGCAUACGCGUGUGAUGAUAAACAUGACAGAGAUCGAGAUUCAGGAACAGUGAAAGUGUUUGGAUUCCCAACAGAUCCAUAAACAUUCAAUAAGUGCCAAAAGGAUAACUUUUAAGAAAAAGGAAAAAUAAUCCUUGCGACUGGGUUAUUGUAUAAAUGGGGGCCACUUUAAAGUUUGUCUAUAGCUAUCAUUUCCUGAAGAGAUGAAUCUGAGAAUUCGAAACAAACUGAAAUUCGAUUACCCCUUUAAAACUAAAAAAAAGAGCAGUGGAUGCUUAAUCUGUAGAAUAAGUGGUAUCCUAUCCCACUUUUGGGGGAAUCUGUUGUACUUCUUUUUGUCAAUACAAAGUUACUAAGUCUGUAUACAACUUCAAAGUGUUGAAGAAAUUCCGGUGCCAUUUAUGUUCUUAUAGGAACAAAAACUUAGAUUUAUUCAAAUGGCUUGCAUACAGAGUUCAAGAAUCUUGAAAAUAUGCAAUUAUGUACUGUUCAUGUUAAGGUUUUCUACAUUGUAUUAAUUAAAGUUGCUAAUCUCAA